AUGACACGGUCUUCCCCUCCGCCGGUCAACAACUCGCCGCCGCAGAACAGCCCGCAGAGCAGCCCACCGCAAAACAGCCCGCGGCUGCAGUCACCACCUGAGGCCACCUUUGAACGCACGCCUGUCACAUCACCACGCUCAUUGCGCCAACUGUCAGUCUUCUUGCUUGGCUCUGCAUGCCUUGUAGCAUCGACGGCGAUAACACGCAAGGCCGUCUGGCGGCGGCAGCUUCGCGCCCAGCCAUCGUUCUACGCACCGAAUACGAAUCCGCACGAGUUCUUCAGUCCCAUGUCUGAUGCCCUGCAAGCACUAAACAUGGCCACAAUGAACUGCUUCAGUGUUGGCCUCAUGGCUAUAGGCGGAACCAUGUGGACGUUAGACAUCGCGAACCUAAAAGAAGCACGGUCCAUUCUGCGAAGGCGGUUGAACUACGACUCGAUAUACCGAUCAGAAGAUGACGUGCCGAAUGGCCUUGGCGAGACCCUGCUCAGAGCGGGGGAGACAAGAAUAGUGGAGGAAGACGGGGACGGCAACGACGCAAAGCCUCAGUGACUACAAGCCGUAGUGUAAGACUAAGAAUGUAAGAAUAGUGUACAAGUCAGCCCCGGCUGAGCUGCGUACCGAGCGGGCAGGUCGAUCCACUGCUGGGAAGCGUCUCGCGCGAGCAUGCCAGUCUCCAGCGAGACUCGAUGGCUGCAUCUAAGC